GGCCAAUCUUGUCAACAUUGAUUCUUAAAACGGACUAUUUCUGUCAUUUUUUUUUUUUAGAGGAAUUCAACUACACGAUUAAGAUGUAAAUAGAUAUAAAUUUCAUUCCACCUGGACAGCCAGAAUGAAUUAUCAUCGCAUGUCAAUUAUAUUUGUCCUCUUUGGAAUUGUUUACCUUCUGAGUGUUAAAGUGACAAAUGGACAGCAGACCAACUCGCAGGACUCAACAGGAAGCAAUCAUUCGUGCCCUGUGUUGAUACUUUAUCCAAGUUUUCUAUAUGCCACCUUUGGGAAGAGAGUUAACUUUACAGGAACGGUAGAAGCCAAAUUAGAAUAUCCCAUAGAAGGACUAUGGCAAAGACUGCAAAAUGGCGUCCUUCUCAAAAGUAUAAACCAAGAUGAAAAAAAGUAUCUAGACACCAAUGCGUUGGCUCCAUCUCAACUCGUGAUAAAUAAUGUUGACUUUGACGACGAAGGAGAAUACCGGCUACAAGUCAGGAUAUCUACCGGCUGGUGCUCAAGCAACACCGUUCGUCUGCAGCAUGUCUACGGAAUUUUGGAUUACAAUGCCAGUUGCAACAAGACCAGGGAAUGUGAUGAAAGAAAACAUUUACAGUGUUCACGCAAAACAUGUCUAUGCUACGAUUCGUACUAUCCAUUCAACCAAACAUGUUUUCCAAAGUCAGACUUAUGUGCACCAAUUUACAAUUACAACAUUAGCGAAUUUUCAAUGUACUUUAAAUGGACCCAACCUACGCAUUCUGAUCUAAUACAAAACUAUGCAGUCAGUAUACGGCACAGCAACGGAACAUCUAUAACCAGUAAAUCGGUCGGCAAACAGACGAGCUUCACCUUCCCAUAUAACUUUAUACCUGGUUACAAAUAUUAUGUCAAGAUUGCAUCCAAUGUACAGAUUCAUCAACCGAGCGAACAAUUUAUUGAGAACAGUGAACUGGGAAUAGUUUUAGCUCCCUUACCCCCUGGUCCCAUAGAUAGAAACGUUAGUAACUUUCAUCCAGAAAAGCUACAUCUGAAAUGGACUGUCCCUAUAAACAACACGAGGGUUGAUUCCUACCAAAUAACUAUCAGUGAUCAACAUUCAACCAUCAUCACUUCAUACCCUUCAUCCAAUGAUCUGGAGGUCUCCAAGAGAUUUCAACCAGGUACAAACUACACGGUAAAACUAUACACAAGAAGUUACGGAAGUUACAGUCCACGGUACACGGAGGAGAUUCAGACUCUGCGCACUCCCCUAUUGACGAUCAGUCCUUCCGGUUGGCCUGACAUACCUUAUCUGUCGAACUUAGAGAUCCAGUGUAUAAUAAGAAACAUCUCUGAUUUCCCUCCGACAUUGGAGACAAAAUGGCAAAGAAACAAGCUAGACAUCAACAUAUCAGAUGCGAUGUACAAUGGCAGCUCUCUUGAUUUGAUUAACCCAAAACUUGUCAUCAACCGGAUAUACUUUGACCGAGAUGAUGAUGUGCGUUAUCAAUGUAUGGCACAGAAUUCGGAGGGAUGGGGUUCUAGUCUCUCCGAUAUUCGUAUUGAUGUCAAAGGAAGUAUAAAAUUUCUGAAGUCCUGUAAUUACAGCAGAGAAUGUCUGUAUGGUGCCCAUUUAACGUGUAGUAACAAGCAUUGUUUAUGUAGCUACAACUAUUACCAUAAAAAUGGAGUUUGUUACUAUAGGAAUUAUUUACAAGCACAUAACGUAGGCAUCGAAAGUACAGCAUGUGAUAUUUCCAUAACCUGGAACCAUCCUUCUCAGCAUGCAGAUCUUGUGACCGGAUACGAAGUUUACCUACAAGAGAAAAACGGAGACGGAUGGAAGUCGUCAGAAAAGGUUUAUGCCGGAAACCACACGUCAUAUAUAUCACCGUGCACACUACAAUCAGGACGACUAUAUAGGAUAUAUAUCCGUUCUUUAGUUCUACUUAGCAAUCCAACACAAAAAAUAACCGUAGCUACAUCAUUCUACGAAACUAUUUUAGAGCCACGUAAACCUGGUGCAAUAGUAACCAAUUCAAGUAACUUCUCUGCUGAUGGAGUUCACCUCGUAUGGGAAGAGUCUGAUGGAUUUGUCAACCGAUAUAUAGUUAAAAUUGAUGACCAUGAACAGGAAACGUUAGAUAAAAAACCAACGAUAGACUGGGACCAACUUUUACUUCCGGACACAUUGUACAAUGUCACAAUAACAGCGAUCAGCUACGGAUUUACAACAAAUUAUUAUCAUUCUUACGGACGAAGACUGAGUCUUCCAGCUAUUUACUGGAUAGAAACAUCGAGUGUAAUAUCGUGUAAUGGAUUUAUAACAGAAGACCAAUGUAGAGAAGCAUGUUCCUGCUAUAUGAACAAUACCGAUAUAUGUAAUUCUGUGACGGGAGACUGUCAGUGUAAGACAGGAUGGAAGGGACACAACUGUUCAGAGGACGUGGACGAAUGCCAGGAAAACCUGAGAAGGUGCGACACCAGGUUGUAUCAGGUGUGUGUCAACUCUCUUGGGUCAUCACACUGUGAAUGCUUGUACGGAGGACAGAACCUCACCCUGUGUAAACAACCAAGACCUCCAAGUAAAACAAACCUAUCUGAGAUAAAGAUUAAUACAGAAACUACAUUUGACAUUGACAUAAGUCGAGAGGAGUUUUUAGAAAAUAGCACUGAAUGGCAAAACGAGUUCACGUCAUCGUUAAAAAAGUUCUACAAAGAAGAAAACGUGCGUGGGUUGAUUGACAUAAUUAUCCUGUCCAUUCGCCAGCUCAUGCCUCUCGUUGGUGGUCAAAUAAGUGGACCAGUCCAUAUAAAGGCACUCAUCGUAAACUACGAAAUUAUCGGAUCAAAAGGGAAAUCAAGCACAUUGAAAGCGGAUUUAGCUACAUCAAUGAAAGUCCUGUUAACAGGAGAAAAGAGCAUUAGAGUUUUUGAUAAAAAGCCAAAAGUUAACAGCAUAGCAAUAAAAGACCAAAAUGGCAAAACGGUAUCAAAUAUUACAAAAUCGUCUACGCCAUGUGCAUUAUUGAAAGGCAUUGGAGGUUCGUGUCCGAACGGAGAGAUCUGUGACGAUACCUAUGGAAUUGCCAAGUGUGUCUUGGUCUCUAAAGCUUUGUCAGACACAUUAAUCAUUACCAUUACGGUUGGAAUUAGUGUACCAGUCUCAAUAGCUGUAUGUGCAUUCUUAAUGGUCUAUCUAUGUCGACAAAGAAAAUCAAAGCAAACUGACGGUCAUCUUACGGAAAGAAUUGAAAAAUUGGAAACAAAAUUGAGUAGUAAUCCUUACUCAGCAGAGCCGAGAUCAAACGACGACACUCAAUCAGUUUAUGAGUCCAUAAACUCAUGUGAUCUGUACUCUAACGAGUAUCUCGAGUUGGAUGACGUUUCCCGCCAUGUUUACAGCAAUAUGAAACAUAAUGAUAUGGAUUAUGAGAAUAACUCAGGUUAUAAUGUUCCUGCUAGAGAAACACAGUAUCAGAAACAGCAAAAUGAGAUGAGAAACGAAAGAUCAACACGAGUAUGUAUGUUUACUUUAAAUAAAAAGUAUGUACGGACAAUGAAAAUUUACAUUAUAAUUAUUUGUUUAUCAUUAGAUUUUAUUAGCUCACCUGAGCUGAAAGCUCAAGUGAGCUAUUCUGAUCACAUUUUGUCCGUCGUCCGUCUGUCCGUCUGUCCGUCUGUAAACUUUUUACAUUUUGAACUUCUUCUCUAAAACUGCUUAUCCAAUUUCAACCAAAUUUGGCACAAAGCAUCCUUAUGGGAGGGCAAAUAUAAAUUGCAAAAAUUAAAGUCCGAUCUGUAUUCAAAGCGGAGAAAACCUUGAAAGUGUAGAAAAAGGGGGGUGCAUUUUUAAAAAUCUUCUUCUCAAGAACUACCGAGGCAAAUUCAACGUACUUUAGCAUAAAUUAUCCUUAUGGGAAGGAAAAUAUAAAUUGCAAAAAUUAAGGGGUAAUUUUGUUUCAAAUCGAAGUUAUUACGAAAAUAAUAAUAAAGGAAAGGCGUGUUUCAAUCGGGCUCGGCAUCCGGUAAAAUGGGUAGGCAAGACUUGGCCUGGGCAAAACAAAAGAUUGGCAGUUAUUAAUCUGCCAAUCUCAUUAAAAUUUCGGGAUAUUUGAUGGACUAGUAUAUUUGUAUUCGCUGUAGAUAUUGCUGCAAAAUAAUGCGUAUUUGGAAUUGACGAUUGCAGAUCUGCCCCGGCAUUUAUUUUGCCACGGCCCGGGUUUGCAUACCCAUUUUACCAAGACUCGUAUUCCAUACUUCUAAAACGAGGUUCUUUGUUUAAAGCAGCCAUGACAUUAUACGAAAAAGGGUCGAUCUGACUAUGAUGAAUUUGCUUGUUGUGCAACAGUUUGCAUAUGAAGGGAAGUUUUGAAACAUGAAAAAUAUAUUGGAGUAAAUUGAGGCUAAAUAUUUCAAUGCGUUGACAGUUUUCACACAUGACGUUGGUGUUAGCUUGUUCUGAUUUUCGUUUCGUUUUCAUUAUUUAUGCUUUGUAACCUGGAAACUAUCGUCUGUAUUUCGUGAUUUUUCGUAUCAAGUCAAUCAGAGACUUCGGUAAAUCAAACAGUUACGUUAACUGUUUAACUGCGCAAAUUAAGCAAAAUCUGAUGUAGGGGUACUGAAAUACAAUUCAUUCUAUCGGUAAUUCGGCAUUAUCUUUUGCGUAAUGGUAGAUUAAUGCAAUAGGUUUUGUUGAGAUGCUCGGCAUUUUCUCUAGUUUAUUCAGUUUAAAUAGAGUUUGAUAUCGCUUACGGAAACAUAUAGGUAUAUCCAUGUAUAUAUAUAUAUAUGAUUCAUUUCGAAAAAAUAAAUUGUGUUCAUUAUUUGUUAUACAUGUAGUGCAUGUUGUUUACAAUUUCUAUUUACUAACCAUAUUUGAGUGUUAAGCUUCGAAUUAUAAGCAAGAUACAGAGAUUUGCUCAUAAUUCUAUGUUUGUACACAGAUCUUAAAAGCUAAAGAUUAAAAAAGUAUAAAAAAUUGUCAAUAUUUAUUACGAAAGUUUUCAAAAUCUGUUCUUCCAGAAACCCACUUAUUGAAUUGUGAACUUAACCUUUUUAGCUCACCUGAGGAUGGGGCAACAAUGGGGGGUCGAAGUUUAACAUGAAUAUAUAGAGUAACUCUUAAGAAAUCUUCUUCUCAGAAACUAAUCGGCCAGGAAAGCUGACACUUGUGUGGAAGCAUCUUCAGGUAGUGUAGAUUCAAAGAUGUGAAAAUCAUGACCCCUGGGGGUAGGGUGGGGCCACAAUGGAGGGUUCAAUUUUUUUUACAUAUGAAUAUAAAAAGUAAAUCUUUAAAAAU